GGCGGUAUAUUUGGGCUAUAAAUCCGCGGUCACACUUAUACCUAGUAAAGCAAAAGCCGUCAAAUCAUCGUCCAAACUAAUUUUUUGCAUAUAAAAAUUAAAAUUUAAAGCACCGCAAUGAGUACAAUCGGAACUGGUUAUGACUUGUCGGCAUCGCAGUUCUCGCCGGAUGGCCGUGUUUUCCAAAUUGACUAUGCCUCCAAGGCAGUGGAGAAGAGUGGCACCGUUGUUGGGAUCCGUGGCAAGGACUGCGUCAUUCUGGCCGUUGAGAAAAUAAUAACCAGUAAAUUAUAUGAGCCCGAUGCCGCUGGUCGCAUAUUCAUCGUUGAGAAGAACAUUGGCAUGGCCGUGGCUGGGCUGGUGGCUGACGGCAACUAUGUGGCUGAUAUUGCCCGCCAGGAGGCAGCAAACUACCGUCAGCAGUUCGAGCAAGUGAUUCCUUUGAAGCACCUAUGCGACCGCGUGUCUGCCUAUGUCCAUGCCUACACCUUGUACAGCGCAGUCCGUCCCUUUGGACUCUCCAUUAUCCUGGCCUCGUGGGAUGAAAAUGAUGGGCCGCAGCUCUACAAAAUUGAGCCAUCCGGCUCGUACUUUGGGUACUUUGCCUGCGCCAGUGGAAAAGCUAAGCAGGCGGCCAAGACCGAGAUGGAAAAGUCGCGAUUUGUAGACUUGAACACAGAAGAGCUAGUCAAAAAGGCUGGUGAAAUAAUUUACCGCGUUCAUGAUGAGCUCAAGGACAAGGACUUCCGUUUCGAAAUGGGUAUAGUUGGACGUGAUACCGAGGGCAUUUAUCAAAUCAAUCCCACGGUAUUAACCGAGGUGGCCAUAAAAGCCGGCGUAAAUGCCAAUGAGGAAGAUGACAGUGGGGAUGAGGCGCAUUAAUUUUUGUAUGGCAGUGAAUCUAAUUCUAGGCCCAAAAAUGUAACAUUCAUUUUCUAUUCUCUUUCGCGUAAUAAAUGAUCAUAUUUGGGAUAAAA